AUGUACUCAAAGGUCGUCUGCAAACUGGAGUUUACAAAUGUCAAAUGCAAUAUGCUGGAUAGAAAAUUCGGCAACUUUGAACAGUGCUAUCUGAAGGCGCAGAAUCGCACCUAUAAAUAUAUUUCAAUCAAAGCUCUUCUAUAUCAGAAACCAGUUACCCAAUUUAAGGUAAAUUUUGCAUUGUAUAAACGCUCCAAUGGGCUACAACCGAUCAGCAUUAACACGACCAUAGACGGCUGUAAGUUAUUACACAAGAACGGGAAUACCUUGGCUUUGUUUCUCUUUGGCCUGUUCAAGACGUACUCGAACAUCAACCAUUCGUGUCCAUUCGAUGCAAGUAUCCAAAGCAACAGGAUUAUUGAUGGUCCAUCACUCAUUUGUUUUUUGUACACUCUGCAGCAUGAUGUGAGAGUGGAAAAGCUGCCCACCACAUUCGUGAUGAAUCACAUGACAAUGUUCUUGCCCUUUCCCGCCGGUGAUUAUGUCUUUAACACCAAUUGGAUUGCCAAUGGCGCACAUCGGGCUAGUGUCAGGGUGCAUGCAACUCUAGACUAA